AUGGCUAGGAAAAAUCUGAGUAAAAAGCCGAACAGGAAGGGACUUGCAGGUGCUCUCGCAAGACAUUUACUGGCUUCCAAGGUCACCAAACCGAAAACAGUUGCUAACAGUCGUCCCAAGCUUGGAGAUUCUCCCAGUUCCAAAGACGACCCAUUGAAGAAACCUUUACAGGAUAUUCCAUUACAUCAGAAAUUCCAGCCUUUCAAACAGGAUGACAAAGUUAUUCUUGUUGGAGAAGGUGAUUUUACCUUUGCCAAAAGUCUAGUAGCUCAAUCGUACGUGAAACCUGAGAAUCUUAUCGCAACAUCUUUGGACAGCGAGGCCGAUACCCUUUCUAAGUACUCAGGCUCUAACGUUCAGGAUACCUUGAAGUUCCUUCGGGAUAGUAACGUGCUAGUUCUCCAUGACAUAGAUGCCCAAGAUCUUGUGGGUAGCUUUAAGCUCAAUAGCCGUAAAGAGAAUAUGAGUCGACUGAGAGGUUGGACUUCCAUGGUGAACUACAUUGUCUUCAACUUUCCUCAUCUUGGUACUGGUAUUAAGGAUAUAGAAAGAAAUACAAUAGCCCACCAAAAGCUGUUGGCUAAGUUUUUCCAAUCUUGUGAAGAUUUUUACAAAGUCGUCAAACGUUCACUCCCACCACAAGAAUCAAUCCCGGUCCACUACACACAACUUCAAGAACACAAUGAUGACUUUGAAUAUGAUGAAGAUGACGAACAUAAACCUUCCCCCAAAAAGGCAACGGAAGCCAAAGACAGCAAAGUUGUAGUCUCACUUUUCGAAGGGGAACCCUACCAAUCGUGGCAAGUAAGAGAUUUGGCCAGAGACUCAAUUGACUAUAAAGUGCAGCGAUCUGGUGCUUUCUAUUGGGACAUUUAUCCGGAAUACCACCAUAGAACAACGGUUGGUGGCAAGAAAGAGACAACAAGACCUCCUACGAAUAGAAAGGCUCGCAUGUACGUUUUUGAAAAGUACCAGAGAAUUGGAAAACCAAGGAAAAUUAAGUAG